GUGUGGGACGUGAAGUGGAACCCCGCCCACCCUAACAUCCUGGCCUGCCUGCGCUCAGAUGGAACACUGGUCGUGUUAGAGGUCACAGACAACAACAGCAUGAAGGUCAUGGCCACGUUUGAUGGCACCAAAGGCAUCACUGCAAUAUGUUGGAGUCCCAAGGGAAAACAGCUAGUGGCAGGCAGGCAGGAUGGAUCAUUUGCACAGUUCACAUCUAAGUUGGAAGAGAAGAAGUCUGUGCCAAAGCCAGUCAUUUUUGGGGACAGCAAAGCACAAGUGCGUGAUAUCCUGUGGGUGUCCACGUAUGUGUUUGUGGUGCUGUAUGAUGUCAUCACAGAUGAUGCUUCCCAACCCAGUCUGGCAGUGGUGUCUUUGCCGAAAAAAGAUGAGCAGCGUCCGACCACCUAUACAAACUUUGAGGAGAUUUGCUUUGGUGGUGGGGAGGACAGAGACCUGAAGUACUUCCUACACCACAUGGAUGAAUGGGGACUUGUGGUAUGUGCUUCUAGCAGAUCCAUGGAAGCAGCAGUGAUUGGGAGGAGUCUUGAUGACAAGAAUGUGUGGGAACUGUGGAACCUGGAUGAUGCUGGCAGAGCAGAGCUUCCUCUGUCCUCUAACCAUGAUGAGACCUACCCCAUGGGCAUGGCUGUGGACCUCACUUCAACCAACCCUAUCCCUAUUGGUGAGAACCAGUCUCUCCCACCCAUGCCCAUGUUCAUGCUGCUGUCCACUGACGGCUUGCUGUGUCCAUUCUACAUGGUCAACACGGCCCCACCCCAGCCACUGACCAUUGUCAAGCCUCCUAAUGCCCUGUCAGCACAGGGAGAAAGGCUACCUCCAGCUCAAGCUGCAUCCCCUGCAGCUGCAGCAGCCAAGCCAGCACCUGUUGCCCUACAGCAGCCACAGCCAGCUGCAGCUAUGGCAGGGAAGGAGAACACAGCACCACUCCCCAAACCAGCUGCAGUCCCAGCUUCUGCCUCCUUCAGCUUUACCCAACCACAACCACAACCACAGGCACAGCCAGCUGCAGCUCCCACCAGUUCCCUGUUUACUGCUCCAACAUCCACCCCAAAAAUGGGGCUACAGAGCACUCCAUCUACUACUUCUGGAGGUUUGUCUCUCUUUGGUAGUGCUGCCAGCUCUGCCACCCCAAAAUUUGGUUUGUCUGGUGCCUCCACUACUACUUCUACUACUUCUGCCGGUGGCAUAACUAUUGGAGGAAACACCAGGAGUGCAGGGUUUGCGUUUGCUUUACCUGCCGGACAACAGGCUGGCUCUAGUUCUGCCUUUUCCUUCUCACUACCAGGUUCAUCCCAGCCUGGUACCACAGGUGCCACGAGCAGCCAGGGAUUCUCCUUCUCAGCACCUGGCACUACAGCAGCCUCCACAGGGCCUGGUGCUAGUGCCUUCUCCAUGGCAGCACCAGCAGGGGGGGUGAAGCCUGCUGCUGUCACUACUGCUGCUGCUGGUCCUACUACUACUGUCACUGCCAGCACAGGACUGUUCUCCAUGCCUGCAGCUACUACAGUGUCUGGCAUUGCCCCAGCUGCACCCAAGACAACCGGCUUCAGUUUUGGAGCCACAAAUACUGGUCAGUCCUUCAGCUUCAGACCAGGGACUACUACUGCACAGCCCAGUGUGCCACAACCUGUGUCAAAACCUGCUGUACAGCCACAACAGUCAGUUACAGUACAACCAGGCUCUAAACCACCAGCUAUGGUGCAGGCAACGUCCCUACAGCCAGGCAACGGUCCAACCCAGGUGGUCAAACCCAGUGCCCAGCCAGCCAAGCCAGUUGCUGUCACUCAACCAGCCCCGUCUCAACCACCACCACCACCAUAUAAACCACCUGCAGCCCAACCGGCUGCACCUGUUACUGCAGCUGCCGCACCUGCAAAGCCUGCACAACCACCUGCAGAAGAAGCAGCUGCUGAAGAGGACACAUUCUCAGCAAGUAUCUUGGAGGAGAUAACCCACUUUGAGAGCGAAGUGGCCAGCCUUCAAAAUGCAUCAGUGAAGACUGACUGGAGAGUUGGUCAUCCUGAUGAGCUGAAGAAACUGAAGGAGGAGACCCAGAAGAUAGCAAGGUUCUGUGAGGAGAUCAAGGACACAACACAGUCCAUCCACAACGACAUCCAUGACUUGCGUACACAAACCCUGGAGACAUUUGCGAUGCUUGAGGAGGGGAAGUCUCGCAACGACAGGAACAAAGAACCGUACUACCACCAGCUGCUGCGAUCACAGGCCCUGGACCCGGCCAGUGCUAACAAGAUGAAGGAGAUCAGACAGAUGUACCACUAUGUGGACACCACCCUCAGGGAUGUCAACAACAUGCUGGACGAUGAGUGGGACAAAUUCAAACAGCAGAAGACUCAGAAGACUGGUAAGCUGAAGAGCCCUGCGCUGGAUGUGGUGUACCGCGCCGUCUCCAAUCACGACAAGAUCCUGCACGACCAGUCCCAGCACAUCAGGAGGCUGGGGGAGCAGCUGAAGAAGAUGCGGCUGUACAACACCACGUCCAGCUGGACCAACAGGACUGUGGCACACAGCACCACCAAAACGGAUACAGAGCUGUCAGCCUUAGCUGAUACCCUGUUACAUCCAAGACAGGAGACCACACCUGAGAGGAGGAAGAAGUCAUCUUCAGCCUCCCCCCUGUCAUCCAAGAAGCAGUCCCAACUGCGGGAGCUCCUGGGGAAGAGACAGGUCACACCUGUACGCUCCACCACUCCAGCGUCAGUGUCUCAGUCCCGGCUGAUGUCUCCCCAGCGCAUGUACCGCUCCUCCCCUAGGCCUGCCUCCUCCACCCCCAGGGGUAGGGAGGAGCUUGGGUUUGCUAGGGAGGAGGGUGUUGGUCUGCCGACCCCCAAACCUGGCCCUCAAGCUGAAUCUCCUCCACAGGAAACUCCAGCAGGAUUGGCUGCACAGUCGAGGGUGAAGACAGUUCUUCAGUUCUCGCCACCUGCAGAUGAGCCGCCGCUGAACAGGCCUCAACCCGUCCCCAUGACAACCAAACCACCUGAACCAGCCGCUACCAAACCGGUUCCCAGCCAAUCAGCAGGGUUUGCACCCGUGCCAUUUUCCCAAGGUGCAACAGGACUGAAGGGGACAUCUACACUUACUCCAAAGGAAGCUGCAGCUGCUGCUGCAAUGAGCCGUGUUGGUGCAGCCAAUCAGCAGCCAGCUACAUUUGGAUCAACCAAUCAGAAACCACCAGCAUUUGGAUCAACCAAUCAGCAGGUAGCAGGAUUUGGAUCUGCCAUUCAGCAACCAGCAGUAUCCAGCACAUCCAAUCAGCAGCCAUUAAGAUUCGGAGCAACCAAUCAGCAGUCAGUAUUACCUGGCAUAACCAGUCAGUUCCCAGGAGGGUUUGGGCUAGCCAAUCAGCUGGAGGCUGAGGAUGAUUUGGCUGAUGAUGGGGGUUCAACUGAGGACGUGGCACCUCCAGUCGUGAAUAUCAAAGAUGUGGCAAAUCUGAAACCAGUUUCAACCAGUGCUGCGACGAAUGUGGUGUCAGACAGUGUGAACCGGAAUGCCUUGGAAGCUGCUCAGAAGAUUCUACAGUCAGCGACAGCUACAUCCAAACCAGCAACUACGACUGCUGCCAUGUCCAUCCCACCCUCUACAUCGGGCUUCAGUUUUGCCAUGUCGGGCCAGCAGGCUGCAUUUGGUCAGCCUGCCAGCUUUGGGAGCCUGUCAGCAGCGCCCUCUACCACAGCUGCACAGAACAGCAGCACGUCCACAGGGUCAUUUGUGAUUGGCCAGGGCCUCUCUGGUUCCUUCUCGUUCAAGCCGGCUGUCACAGCCUCUCUGUCCUCAGCAACACAGGCAACCCAAGCUCAACCAAAGCCAGUUGAGACGAAGCCAACAUCUGGCUUCAGUUUCACAGCCCCAACUGGCCAGUCAGGCCUCAGUUUUGGACAGAGUACUUCAUCCUUUGGAUUUGGGGGGUCUACUGCUGCCAGCACUACUUCCACAGCUUCAGGAGCAACAAGGGAUGGAUCUCUACUUGCCAAGACACUUGCAGAGACAUCUCAGGAUGUGAAGGCUCCUGGGAGUGAGGAGCCACCGCUGCCUGGGGUAGAGGACAUCACCCCACCACCCACUCCUGAGGAGACUCCUGACUCCUCUACCCAGGUCCCUGAUGCACCACCUGCUCCAAAACCCUCCUUUGACUUUUCUAAGAAACAAACUGAAGCAGAUGCCGUCCAGCCUGGAGGUUUCUUCCUAAGUCCAAAGUCUGACACACCACCCCCAGAGCCAACAGCACCUACAAGCACACAGGCUGCCCCCACCCCUGCCACAGUGGUAGAGUCCAAACCCACGGCAACAGCAACAGCCGCCACCACCACGUCCUUAUUUGGACAGUGUGCCACUUCCACCUUGGGAUUCGGGUUUGGGCUGAACACCACCAGUGGAUUCUCCGCUCCCAAACCUGCUGCUUCUUCUGGGUUCUCCUUUGCAAGUCCAGCUUCUUCAACAGGCUCCACAGCUGUCAGUGGUUUUUCUUUCACCCUACCAAAGACCACAACUGCUGAUACAACAGGCCCCAGUUCCACAGCUGCCAGUAGUUUUGCUUUCACCCUACCGAAGACAACAGCUGCCAACACAACAGCUGUUACUUGUGCCAGCACAUCUAUUGCCAGUGCUGCUGGCUUCUCCAUUGUGCCAACAACAACAACAUCUGUUGGUGCUGUUACAACAACAGCAGCAAGCUCAGCAGACAGCACAACAACAACAACAGCAGCUGUACCUGUCCAGCCCACCACUACUGUCCCAGCGGCUGCCACUACAACUGCCAGUGCUCAGCCUGUAGCAGCAACCAGUACCACCCCUAGUGCCACCACGUCAGAACAACCGACCACCACAGCAACCACCACGACAGUUUCUCUCUUUGGCCAGACCACCACCAACACAACCACUGCAGCUUUUGGGGCUCUGGCACAAACCACUGCAGCCAGCGGGGGGUUCCUGUUCGCUCAACAGACCACAGGAGGCUCAACUUCUGCAUUUGGACAGCCCACUACAACGGUUGCUGGCACCUCAGCCUUUGGAACAGCGGCCAGUACUGGUGGGACCUCUCUGUUUGCCUCAACGUCCAGUGGCAGUUUGUUUGGCCAGUCUGCAGCCACCACCACCACUACCACUACAACAUCCCUGUUUGGACAGCCAGCCACAGCUAGCAGUAAUGCAUUUGGACAGUCCAGUAGCUCAGGGUUUGGGUUUGGGCAAACACCAACAUCUGGGGGUCUGUUUGGUACACCAGCAUCAUCUACAGCCACCACAGGUGGACUGUUUGGCCAGACCUCGACCACGGGGGGCCUCUUCGGCCAAUCAGCAUUCGGAAGCAGCACCACCACGUCCUCCAGUGGAGCGGGCUUGUUUGGCACUCCCUCUACUACUUCCUCCAGCUCUGGGUUGUUUGGAGGGGGGAACACAGGAAGCUCAGGGGGAUUCUUCAGCGGCCUGGGUGCCAAGCCGAGUGCAGAGGCUGCUAAUAAAAACCCAUUUGGUGGCUCUACUUCAUUUGGUACACCGUCUACAUCAGCAUCCACACUGUUCGGUGCCUCAACUGAAACCAAAGCGAGUGGUGGGUUUGGGACAGCCACAGGCGGAGGGUUUGGGUCUCCCACAUCAGGAGGCUUCAGUGCAGGAGGGAGUGUUGCACAACAGGGCUUCGGAGGAUUUUCCCAGCCUAGUCAACCACAAGCUGCUUCAUCUGGAUUCGGAAGCCCACCAAGUUUUGGGUCUGCUCCAGCGUUCGGUGGAAGCCCAGGUUUUGGCAGCACAGCAGCAUUCUCAAACCCCCUGGGCACGUCCUCUCAGGUGUUUGGGUCAUCCGGUGGUGGCGCAUUUUCACACUUUGCAGCUAAUGACGCGCCGACGUUCGGAGGGAUCGCUGCCCAGAGCAGCACGGCCCCGACGUUUGGCAGCCUGGCACAGGGGUCUCCUGGGUUUGGAGGAGGAGGGGGAGGAGGAUUCGGGAGUGGCGGGGGAUUCGGUGCUGCUGCAGUGUUCCAGCAGCCGCAGCAGCAGCAGCCGACCCAGACAGGUUUUGGCAGCAGCUCUGGAGGUUUUGGACAGACACCAAGCUCACAGUCUUCAGCCUUUUCAUCCUGGAGGUGAUCGGCAAUACGAACGAGCAUCAUAAAACUAAAAGUGUAAAAGUGUACUGUACAUUUGGAGCCAGUGUCUGGUUAUCAGUGCACAGGAUUGUUACAUAGAGUUAAGUUAAAAAGACUUUGUUAUCGAAUGGCUUCCCUUCAAUCUGUAAUUCAUUAAGAUCAUGCUAGAAUGUUCUUUAAAGUUAAAGAAUAGUCAUUGUAGUACGUAGAAUGCAGGAGAAAGUGGAGAAAAUAGAAGAAUACUACUGUAGUAUUUGAAACGUCUUGUCCAUAAUGCAAUGUCAAGACUGAGUAGUACCAGUAAUAUGGGAGUUGGACACUUACUCUAAUAGUGUUCUCUUGUGACUGAACCCUGCGUACCAUCAUGGUAGUAAUUGCAUGUAAGAACAUACAUGUACAUGUAUGUGUAUGUAUCCUCUUUUAAUUCUCACUUACUCACCAAGGGUAAGACAGAUACAUACAGAUGUAUAGGUACAUAAACAUAUUAUUCUAGAAUUUGCCCACGCAGAACCGCUAUAACUUGAAGCUCAAGAGCCAUAAGUCUUCAAAAGUUCAAGUACAACAUGCCAACACACUUAAGUACACUUUAGUUUCAUUGUUGAAGUAGCCAGCUACUAGUAGCGCACUCAUACCUUAGAUGACCUGUCAUUGUAGUUCAGGUUUAAACUUAUGUCAAUGUGACAAUACAAAGACUAGAUACAAAGGCAAAUACAACAGACAAAGGACAAGUACAACAAAGGAUAAGUACAUUGUACUGUAUUUCAUAGACAUAGUGUACCUUUUCUGAUUAGUAAUGCAGAGCCUUUAUCUGUAACAUCCUAGCUGUGAUAUUACAAUUAUGAAGAAUAAAGCUAUAUCAAAACAUGCCUGACGUUAUUUGUCGGACAAAGUCAAAA